GCUCCGGGCGCCCUUCAAAUAGCGGCGGCGGGUCGGGCUCCCCGAGCGCCUCGUCCCCGGCACCAUGGGCGGCAAGAAGGUUUGCGUCGUGGGCUCCGGCAACUGGGGCUCCGCCAUCGCCAAGAUCGCCGGCGCCAACGCGGCGCGGCUGAGCGGCUUCGAGAGCCAGGUGAGCAUGUGGGUGCUGCAGGAGGAGGUGGGCGGCCGGCAGCUCACCGACAUCAUCAACACCGAGCACGAGAACGUCAAGUACCUGCCCGGCCGCAAACUGCCCCCCAACGUGGUGGCAGAGCCAGACCUGCUCAAAGCCUGCGCAGGGGCCGACGUGCUCCUGUUCGUGGUGCCCCACCAGUUCAUCGGCCAGGUGUGUGACCAGCUCAAGGGCCACGUGAAGAAAGAGGCCGUGGGGAUGUCGCUCAUCAAGGGUGUGGACGAAGGGCCGGAUGGGCUGAGGCUGAUCUCGGACAUCAUCCACGAGAAGCUGGGGAUAGAGAUGUCCGUGCUCAUGGGGGCCAAUAUUGCCAAUGAGGUGGCAGAUGACAAGUUCUGUGAAACCACCAUUGGCUGCAAGAACAUGGAGCACGGGCAGAUGCUGAAGGAGCUGAUGCAGACACCCAACUUCCGUGUGUCGGUGGUGCAGGAAGCCGACACCGUGGAGAUCUGCGGGGCUCUCAAGAACGUGGUGGCCGUGGGAGCUGGUUUCUGUGACGGGCUGGGCUACGGCGACAACACCAAGGCUGCCGUGAUCCGCCUGGGGCUGAUGGAGAUGAUUGGCUUUGCCAAACUCUUCUGCAAGGGCCCCGUCACCUCCUCCACCUUCCUGGAGAGCUGUGGGGUCGCCGAUCUCAUCACCACCUGCUACGGGGGCCGCAACCGCAAGGUGGCCGAGGCUUUCGCCAAGACGGGCAAGUCCAUCGAGCAGCUGGAGCAGGAGAUGCUGAAUGGGCAGAAGCUGCAGGGCCCCCAGACGUCUGCUGAGCUGCAUCGGAUCCUCAAGAGCAAGAACGCAGUGGAGAAGUUCCCCCUCUUCACCGCUGUGUAUCAGAUCUGCUACGAGGGCAGGCCUGUCACUGACUUCAUCAAGUGCCUCCAGAACCACCCUGAGCACAUGUAAGGGGCUCUGCCUGCCAGGCCACCACCGGCCCUGCUGAGACGCGCAGAGAGCUCCUGCCCACGGCACCCCCAUCUGCUGCCACGGCUUCCUACGGAGUCCGGCUCUCCUGGGAGCCUUGGCAGGCUGCUGGAAGGGCAGAGGUUCCCCUCCCCAGCCCUGGGCACUGCCAGCCUGAGCCUGGCACAGAGGUGCCUGCUGAGCAUCCUCUCUCUGUGAAGGGCUCGUUCAGUUUCUGCUGCUCUCUGAGGUCUGCCCUGAGCGGGACGGAGCAUCUUCCUCCUUCCACUCCCUCCUGCUGGGAUGGAUUCAGCGCUGGGAAGGACUCUGUUGGGAUUGAUAUGGGCUGGGAGGACAAACAGUGCCCCAAGUCCUCCCUCUCAGCCCCGUGGGGCCACUCUGGGUGAC